GUGAGCUUUCUAUGGUCACUCUCAGUCACAUCACGAUGCCUGAAGGAGGUCAUUCUUAAAAGCCUUGCAGCAUGGAUACAAGUUUUGGGGCAAACGAAACCUCUUUUACUCCGUUUGUUCUACUCCCUGUUGUGUUAUCCAGCGUCUGGAUACUCUGGGACCUUUUCUACGCCUCUUACCUCCUUGCAUUUCUUGUACAAUGCAUAGUGAACCUUUACUUGAAAGAUACUAAGAUAUAUAUUGGUCAGUUGAGGUUAAACCUUGUUACUGGACGUCUGAUUUUUAAAGAGAUUGAGAUAUACAGAAGAGAUGACAGCAUACGUGUUGCUGAUGGGUAUGGUGUAUUGAGGUGGUGGGCAAAGCCAAAUCCUACAGAUAAUGAGGCUCGUUGUGAGCAAUGCUCUUUUCAAAGCCAUGCUUGUGCCAAUAAGAAGACAUCACUUGUGUACUUGCAUCUUAAUGGCUUUGAGUAUCACUGGUAUCACAGGAGUGAUAUUUAUGAUGCCUGGGGUCAGACCAAAAUCAAUGAAUAUGAUUCAGAUGGACCUGCUGGCAGUGCAUGGUUGAUUGGAGUUCAACCAUCUGUACAUUGUACUAUAAAUAAAGGGCAACUUGUUUUUGGUAGUCAGCUUGUUGAGAAUAAUUUAGUAGUGUGUUUUACUCGGGCAGAAGGACAGUAUGCUGUGACACAGGCUUCUAAUCCUUAUGAUGAACUGAUGCACCUUGUAAAGUUUCAUGGCGAUAAUGUUACAGCUUUCCUUCAACCUGUAAAUGCAUACAAUAAUAGGAUUAGUACCAGCAAGUUUGAAUUAUUUGAUGUUGAUGAUGGAUUCAAUGUUUUAAAAACUGAUUUUGUGGAGUGUGUCUACUCCCUAGAUAUUCCAGGUCUUGUACCCAUUGAUGAUACCACAUCUCCUAAAUAUUCUUUUGAUAUUCAACUUGGUACUAACACUUAUGGAAAAUAUGGUACUUAUGUGAAUAAUCAAAGAGUAAUUCUUCAGAAGCAUUUUUUCCCAAAUGAUUACACUGUUAGUCAGGUUGACAGACCUCGUCAACCUGGAGAAAGAAGGGUUUAUACAUCAUUUGAUGUUUCAAUCUCUGUUACUAGUCCUGCCACUUUACAUUUUGAAUUUCAAGGAAAAUCUGAUCCACAAUCCUUAUCAUUUUCUGUAAGUGGUGCAAGUCAGUUGCUUAUUCAUCAACCUUGGGUGAUAAAGGAUGAUGGUUACACAACAAAGUUUAGUGGCAAGCUUACAGACUUGGAAGUAUUGACAAGUUUGCCAUUCCAACCUCUUGGGAAAGCUCAUUGUGUUAAUUUAUCUUCAUCAUUACAUUUUCCUCGUGUGUGGAACAGUACUCAGGCAUGGCAUAUGAAGUUCUUGGUGGAUCAACCUCAGAUAAACAUAUUAUUUCCAUACAUUGAUUUUUUUAAUGAGUUACUUGAUGACUGGGUCCAAUCUGAUACUAUUGAUAUUUUGGAUUUUGUUCCUUUUCAGUGGCAUAUUGGUGUAGAAAUGUCGGAGUAUGAGAUUUUUCUUUUUACUAAUCGUUACAAUUGGAUUGAUACUGAUGAAGUUGAAAAUGAGCGAAUAGCUGUUUGUGGCAAGACAGGUCACCUAUCACUUGAUCUACCUUUUACUGAAUUUUUGCCUGACAGACAAGAAGUCACUUUUCAUGCUCAUGGAAAGAAUAUUGUUGUGCGACGUUACUUCUCUCCUUCAUCUGUGUCUAAAGAAAGUGUCUUUGCUCUUUCUUCCGUUCAUAAGAAAAGAUGGAGGAUUAUAAAUCCAUCUGAAUUACAUCCAGUUUAUUCAUUGACACGGAGUGCUAGUCAACCUAUUAAACCUUGUGAUGCUGAAGUUAAUAUAGUUGAUCGUAAUAUUGAAAAGGGUACUACAUCAUUCAAAAAGGCACAUCGUAGACGAGGCAGUGAACCACUUGUUUCACAUUCUCAAAAGUAUAUGAAACAUGAUUUUGAUUAUGAUAAGCAAAACACUGAGUUACAAAAUGGAAAUGAAUCUUUCCCAAUGGGUUGCUGCUUGACUACAUUUUACAAAGAUGGAUGGUUAGAUAUUUGCUGUGGUCCAGAGAUAACAAUUAACAUAACAUACAAUGGUCAUAACUCUGAUAUGUCACAUGUUGGAUCCAGUAAUGAUAUGGUUCCAAGUCAAGUUCUGAUAGAUAUUAAUGCUCCUCAAGUGUUAUUACGGGUUUUUGGUACUCUUGCAAGGGACCUUUUGUCAUUAAAGGAAAAUUAUCCAGGUGAAUAUAUGUAUUUCAAGACGUAUUCUUCAAGAAGUUGUGCUCUACCUGAUUGUUUAAGUAAAACAAAGGAUGCUACUGAUUCUGUUCAUUCUGAAAUUGUUACUGAUGAGAGGUUUCUUGAAGUUAUUGUUAAUUUCAAGUUGCAAAGGGUUACUGGAGAAUUUCCAACACACUAUCCUGAAAAUUUUUGUGAUGAAUUUCCAUUGCCUUCAGCUCAUUCAGAGUGUUUGUCUGUUUAUGUGGAGUACAAAAGACAGGAAACUAUUGUUAAACUAACAGUGGAUCCCAUUACUGUUCAUUUACCUUUUUUAGUUGAUGGGAAAGAACAUAAGCUUGGUGUUGUGGCACUUUCUGGAGUAACCUUUUGUUGUCAUGGCCUUACAGAAAUUUUGUUAAAAGAACGUGUAGAAUAUGCAUGGAUGAUGAAAUUAAAUAUUGGUGCUGUAUCGGCUUCUGUUUCGUUAAAUGAGCUCUUUCCUGUUGUACAUUAUUUUUUGACUGCUCUUAGUCAUGUGAUUAGUCCAGCUGAUGCUGUUCUGGAGGCCCCUGAUUGUAUAUUGAUUGAGCCACUGGUAGAACCAUCUUCUGAACUUUUAAAGUACAAGAUGUUUGUUUUAGAAGUUGCUACAAUUGAUUUAAUUCUGAAAGAAGCUGAUACAAUGCUUCAAAUUCAGACACUAGGUUUUGGUCUUGACCUUUGUAAUUUACAUCAGGGUACCGAGACAGUUUCACUUUCUGCAAUCCUGAAAAGUUUAAAUGCCUCCUUUUUAAUUGAAAUACCAGAAUGUUCAGGAGUGUAUUGUGAAUGUGCUUGUUUUGAUGUUGGUGCCAUUGAAGGUGACUUUUCAUUAAGAGAACCCUUGGAAGCUGAUUCAAAUAGACAAAAAUCAUUUUUAAAGCUGAGUGACUUAUCCCAUCGAUUAUGGUUCCUUUGGGAUAACUGUUAUACCUGUGGCUGUUGUGGUGGUUGCCAAUUUCUGGAUGGCUGUAUUUCACGAGAGGAUUAUUUGCCAGUGUCACACAGUAGUCGUUAUUUCGCAAAAGUUAAAUAUGACCCAAUUAUAAACAGGUCGCCACGAUCUUUGCCUGAGAUUCCUUUGCAUCUUUCUAUUGAUAAUGUCCCUUCACUCGAAUGUUUGCAUAACUGUAUUCUAAAAUACUAUGGUUUUGCUGACUUACAGCGAAGUGGUAGUAUGAAUUUACAAGAGCAUGAUGAUGAUGAAUUAGUGUCACGUGAUUCUGAGGCUUCUUUUGACACAGCAAAGUCUAGUUUUCAGUCUGAUUCAUUCUCAGGUGACGAACAUUUUGCAAGUUUACAAAAUUCUCCAAGUGGGUCAACGAGUGCAACAAGAGUAGACAAUUCUAAUGAGAUCCAAGAGAAUGAUAUUGUGGAAAAGAAAAAAGACAAUUUUUUGAGUUUGUACUGGCAAAUUCUAGAUAAAUAUUUAUUUUGCAAUAAUCUAUUGCAGUUAAACUGCAAGAAAUUACAGAAAAGUAAAAAUAAAAGUCAAGGAAAGGCCUUAUUUACCAUAGAUUUUCCUGAAAUUAUUGAAUCUAAUGUUGGAGUUUUGCCAUACAUAUGCUACAGUGGAGAAUAUGAAGUAUCUAAUGAUUGUAAAUUCUCUAAAGAAUCAGGCAAAGAUAGUGAUAAGACCUCGUCUGCUUAUGUUGUCUCUGUGACAUUAGUUGGAAACAUUGGCUUAGUUAUCUCCCCACCUCUACUUGCUUUGAUCAAUCAGUAUGUUUCCUGUGUAAAUGGUUUUGUGAGUACGCUCUGUUUGCAGUCUUUUUUAGAUGUUAUUUCUCUUCAGACACUUUGGAAUGUUAAAUCUGAUUUAGAGUCUUCUAAAAAACUUCCAAAUUUAGCUGUUCAUCAAGAUCAGCCACUGAUUUAUUUUUCUGUCAAUACAAGUGCUACGUCACAUAUUCUUUUGCAAGCUCUUAAUGCUAUUUCUAUUCCAUGUAAAAAUAUUGGAAGAAAAAAUGAUAACAUUUGCUGCUCUUUUCUUACCUUUCAUUCUACUGGCAUAGGGAUAAAUUCUUUAUUGUAUCGUGAAGGACAUGUGAAUAGUAAAGAAAGCAACAAUGGUGGUGAUGUUCAAGUGUGCCAUAAAGUGGCUGGAGAAGUAAACAUCUCAGUGUUAGAGUUGGGACUAUUUGUGCAUAACUUAAAUGAAGAAGGCAUAUCAUCAGUGAACAGCUCAUUAAAUUUUAGUACUGUUAUGCCACCUAGCAGCCAUCUACCAAGAAUGAUUGAUAUUUGUGAAGGGAGAUUAAAACAGUUAAAUGUGACUGUUGCUGCAUUAAUUACUGAAUUAGAUAGAAAAAUCACCCCUAUUUUGACAUGGGAUCAUAUUGAGAGUCACUUGUUAGAUGUUUCUGCUAUUUAUCAAACUAAAGAUUCAGAUUUUAACAAUAGUCUUGUUUUGCAAGUCAAACUUCCCUCCAUCGAAUUGCAAGUUGGAAAACCGUCUCAUGGUAUUGCAAAUGAAAAAGAUAUAUUUGUUGAUCCAGCAAUUUUUGCAACUUUUGUUCGAGGUUGGAAACCAAUGCUUGACAAAAUCAUUGAAAAUUUGCAAAACACCCAGAUCAAUAAAGUCAUUUUUGAAAAAAAUUUGCUUUUGCAGCUUCUGAGAAGUGCCCAAGAAGCUUCAGUGAAUCGAAAGGUAUUGAACCCCUUGUUAACAAAAGAAUCGUUGGCUGUCCAGAACUGUGUUUGUUUUUUAUUGCUGAGGCAGCUUUGGAAUGGUUUGCCACAGGCAAAAAAGGAAUCUAAAAGAUGUAGUGUCAAAAGCAAUAUGAUUGAUAAAGAAAUCAUAUCAAUUUCUUUGUCCCUUGCUUUAGUGGUUUUGUCUGACCAGAUAUGCCAUGUUUCUGGAGACGGUGGUGAAAUAUCAUCUUAUCAGGCUCCAUUGGUUAGUAGCUAUCAUAGCAUUAGUCCGUCACCAUCAGGUCUUGGGAUUCCUAAUGUAGCAUUUUUGGAUCAAAUUGGAAAAUCUUAUAAAAAUUAUUCAAAAAAUAUGAGCUACUCUCAUUUUGUUUUACUUCGUGAGUCCUUGUUACCUGUAUAUAAAGUUUGUGGCAUGAAAAUUACAUCACAAGUAAUGAGAAGUGGACAAGACAGUUUUAAAUUAAACAUUGACUAUUAUUUGAGAGUAAAUGAAUUGUCUCUAAUAGUAGCAAAUAAUGAAGUUAGUCCACUUGAUGAAAAUUUAAAACAUCCAGAACUACUAGUAAAACAUUUUUGUGUUUCUGGCUCAUUAGACUACGUUGUUAAGCUGUGUAAUUUAGAAAGAAAGAUUAAUUAUGUUGUAACUGUGCCACAAAGUGAACGCCCACAUCGAAGUUCAAAGUAUAAUGUUGUAUCAAAAUGUAGCUUAAAUUUUGACUCGUUAGCUUGUCACAUUACCCUUCCUCUGUUAGUAGUUGUGCGACAUACUGCUCAAAGCUUACGUCAUGUAAAAGAUAUUUUUGUGGACUUUGAAGUAACUCUUUUAUUAGUGAGAAAGUAUGAGGAAGAGACACUUACUUGUGACAGAAAAAGUAAUGUGACGGAGUUUACAAGUUACUUAUGUGCACUUGAGAGAUCUGCGCUGUCAUCAUGUCAAACAGAUAUUAGUCUGGUCUCCGAACAAUUUGAGACUUGCAAUAACCCUAAUAAAAGUUCUUCUGAGAUACAUGUGAACCCUUUAGAUCUCUCUCAAUCUUCUUCAAUGUCAGGACACUUAGAUUCCCCUGUUGAAGUGCCAGCUAAUAGUCAUCUUCUUUCUUCUUCAAGCCCUUAUGAUGCAGAUGUUGUUGAAGAUACUACUGAUAGUCCACAGUUUUUUUCAUCUGAUCCUGAGGCUCCUGUUCAGAGUAGCAUGGCAACUUAUGGUGCCAGCAAAUCCACACUUAAAAUGUCUUCAAAUGAUGUUGUUGAAAAUGAACAGCUUGACUUGUCAAUCAGUCCAGGCAUUAAGGACAUGCUUAAUAUAAAUGAAAGUAAUCUCGAUUUUAGCAUAUUUGGUUCUGUAAAAAUUAGCAAUAUUCAAGUAUGUGUGGGCAUAGAAAGCUUUCUUUUACUUUGUGAAAUGCAUGAAAUAUCUGGAGCUGUUGACUGUCGGACUGUUUCUCCUAAAAAUUGGCAGAGUCAUCCUCAUGCACCCCUUUCUUAUAAGGUUCUUCCCUCGUAUAUUUCCUUAGCCAGUACUUUAAAGAAAUUUGUUUUGAGUGCACAAGAUCAUGCAAUUUCCAACAAGGACCUUGGUAAUCUGAUAUCUGAAGAUUUGGAAUUCUGUACAAGCAUUUGUUACCUUAAAGAAUAUGUUGCUCCAGCUUAUAGAUGUUUAGUUCGGUUUCCUGGAAUUCUUCUUGACAUGAAGCAACCUCCUAUUGUAUUACAUAAAAAAUUGAACAAGUAUAUUCCAACAUUUUCAGCUAUUUAUGAAGAAAUUUUUGCGUCUUCACCUGACAGCUUUGUUGAUGAUGCUGGAUUUGUUGGGGCUACUCCUGCUGUUAGUGUAGCUGAGCUGCAAUUUCCUCCUCAUAUUCCAAAAGGCUCCGCAUUAUUUUUUUUGAAGAAAUUUAAAACUAUUGUAAGGCCAUUACCAUCACUAAUGGUUUCAUACGAUAUUGCACCUGUUGUUGCUCAGAUUGGAUCUACUACAGUUAUAAAACUUGUCUUAUCCAUAGGACAGCAUAAAUUGGAAUUUAAUUCCAAGGAGUAUAAAGAUGACUUAUCAUUGAGACCUAUUCCAUUACCAGUUGUUUUAUUAAGGGGAAAAGUCACACCUCGUCCUCAUAGCAGACUACCUAGUGUUACGCUGGAAGUAUCUGUGAAACAAGUAGUUAUUGAAGUAACUACAAAUGUUUUGAAUCAGUUGCUAAUUCUCCAAUCAGCAUUCAUUAAGGAAACCAAUGAAUUAUUUAAUAUGUUCAUGAAUAUUGGAGAAUCAUUACCUCAGGACAGGUUGAAUGCUAUUAAUUUAACUCAACCAGCUGAUACUGGAUUUGAAUUAAUUUCUCUUCUUAACUCGGUGAAAUUGUCAAUGCAAGGCGUGAAGAUAACUGUGUCUACACCACUUCUUACAGCGGUGCGAUUUUCAACUGGUAAUAAAAUUGAAAUGUUAAUUACCAAUGUCAGUCAUCAACAUAAUACUCAAAUACUGGCAAAUAAGAGUCACCUUACAUUACAUGGUAAAGUUGAAACUGAAAUUAAUGUAGCAUUGGGCUGUAUUCAGGGAGGCCAAAAUGUUGAAGAGGAAGAAGAUGAUUUUGUUGAAUUAGCAUAUUUUAAGACAUGGAUUGCUUUUAAAAACACAUUACAACAAAAUACUUCUAAGGCUGAUUUGGCACCAGUGAUGUCGGAUAUUUUUUUGAUUUCAAUCUACUCACCUCAUCUUUAUAUACAAUCAACUGCUGUUGAAAAAGCUAUUCUUUUUUGGGUAAAUUGUAAAAGUGUAUACAACUUCUGGCAAAAUGAACACCACCAACUGAAUACUGAGGUUCAAGCAGCCACUGAAGCAUUUGUUGGUCGCUUAACUAAACCAGCUGUGCAAAUUAAAGCACCUUCUAUUGACUUCUCUAAGCCUAGGCUUGUUCAAAUUACUGUGAGUGAUGUUGGAGCAUGCAUGCCAUUAGUGCAUCUGCAAACAACUCCACAUGCUAGCCAGAAAGGAUUUCCAGCUGUUGUGUUAACUAUUAAGGAAAUGUUUGUGUCACUAAACUUUAGCAAGAAACUAGUGUCUGCUGGAAGAUUCACUGGAUUUUUAGUUCGAUUUGAUGAACAAUUUCAUUUUCGCCACAAAACAUGGACUGUAGAUCCCAAGAAACACAAGUUUUUGAAUCAUGGUAUUGUUCCAAGUGGGACUUACAAACUAUGCAUUGUCAAUAAAAAUGACUUGGAAGAGAAUGAAAAACUUUUCACUGCUUUUAAAUGGCACAUGUCUGGCAUCAAUGUAUAUGCUAGUACUGACAUUGGGCGUCACAUAUCAACUUUAGUUCGUACUUUAACUAUAAUUGGAUCUGAUUUAGAAGAUGCUGAUAGUGAACUUCUUUCAGCUUCUGGUGAGUCAAAACCAUUACACAAGCGAGCAUUUUCAGUUUCAUCUAAAACUUUUGUGGAUGAGCAAGAGACUCUGCGAGCUAUGGAGUGGGAUUUGGCUAAACAAACAAGAAAGCUUAAUAAAAUGAGGCAAACUGGUGUUGCACCUGAUAACUUAAAGUAUGAGGAAGACACAUUUCACAAAAUUGAAAUGGAUUUAGUAAGAGGUUUGAGGAGAGUUUUUCGUAAAGGCAAAGGCUUUAGUUUCCAACACAUUGGACAAAUAUUGUCUCCUCGUACUGCUGGACUAUCUGGGCUCAACAAAAAACCUGUGAGUCCUUCUUCAACCUUGCCAAGGAACAGACUUGGAAGUGUAACUGAAGCUGAAACAGAGAAAUUAUCUGCAACUGUUCGGUCUCAUUCACGCCAUCAGUCAGAUAUUUCACCAACAGUGCUAAGGCUAUUAAAGCUAAAUGAAGGAGCAGGAGUGUCAUUGGAUGCUUUGCCGGUAGUUGAAGAGGAGGUAUCAAAUGUUGCAGAUGUCACAUGUAGUGCUUCAGAAAAUUUAAAAUCAGAGCCUUUAAUACCUUCAGUCAACAUUGAAAUUAAUGUUACAAUUAGUGUUGACAGUGGUUCAAUUGUUUUACAAAAUGAAGAUGUUAAAUCUCGUGAGCAUCGUGGUCAUGUCUCUCAAUUUAGCUCUGAUUUGCCUUUUCUUUCUUCUACUCGAAGAGAUAAAGUUAUAUCAUCUAUUGAUACGGUGCUACUUAUACCGGCAUUGUUAGUGAAGGCUCACUAUCAAAAUAUCAUAAGUCAUUCAUUUGUAUCUGCUCAUCUUUCUCCAUCUAAACUGAAACAAGAUCAUGAAUUAAUUGAGAAUGAUUUAAAAACUUCUUCUGAUGACAGUAGCAGCUGUAAUAAAUCAACUAAAAAAGGCAUAUUAUUGAUAUCAAUGAUCAUUUCUCCUUUGCCUCAUGAUUUAGAAUUACAUCCUAGCUUACUGGAUUUUGUGGAACAAGUUGUACGUCCCAUUAAUCUUAAUAUUAUCCCACAAAAAAAUGAAACUGACAAUGAAGAUGAUGAUGAUUCAUUAGUCAAAGAAUCUUCGUUAAUUGCUUCCCCAAGUUCUGUUCAAUCUUUGUCAUUUCCUGUAGACGUCAACAUUACAUUCACAAUUCACCCCUCAAAAAUAUAUUUGACUUGUAAUCCUCAUGCACAUGUCAAGUGUCUCAUGGAGAUACCUACUGUUAAUUUUGCGAUAUCAUUUUCUCUAUUUGAAAGAAAGCAGUUUGAAUGUAUGCCUGUUGAUUGCUCAGUAGCAUCUUCUACUACACCAGAUGACACUUUUAUAUUAAAUAAUCUUCACAUUACUGGGUGUUUUAAGACAUUUGCUUUAGUGAUGUACACACCAUCACCAUCAGUUCAAGCAAGUACUGCACAGGACGAUACUUCACAUAGAGGCUACAAAGAAGCAUUCAACUUGGUUUUAGGACAGGCUUUCAUACAUUUGAGUCGGAAAAGUGUUCAUGAAAAUGUUUUAUGCAAAACCUCUGAGAGCAUUUGUGUUCAAGAGAAGCUAAAAGUAUCAGGUAAAUUAUAAUUGUAUUUACUUAAUAGUAAAGAGUGAUGUUAUUGCAAUUGAAUAUGUGACACCAUUAAUGCAUUGACCUCGCCAAGACAAAAAAAU